GGGGCCAGACGUCUGUCAGGUCGGGAGGACAAGGGCGAGCGUGAGAGAGAAAGAGAAAGAGAAGCAGCAGCUCGGAGAGAAGAGAAAGUCAGGCGACUAUCCCGUCCUCAGCUUUACGCGUUGUCACCUCCAAACCCGAAAGGAUAACACGCAGUUUCGAGACACCGGCGCGAUGAUGAUGACCCAGGUGGAGACCACCGUGCACUACGACAACGGCUACGAGUACGACUACAUGAUGCAGGAGGACGAGUGGGACAGGGACAUGCUGCUGGACCCUGCCUGGGAACAACAGCAGAGGAAAACCUUCACAGCCUGGUGUAACUCCCACCUGAGGAAAGCCGGCACUCAGAUCGAAAACAUCGAGGAGGACUUCAGGAACGGACUGAAACUCAUGCUGCUGUUGGAAGUCAUCUCAGGCGAGAGGUUACCCAAGCCGGACAGAGGCAAGAUGCGUUUUCAUAAGAUCGCAAAUGUCAACAAAGCGCUGGACUUCAUCACAAGUAAAGGAGUGAAACUGGUCUCCAUUGGAGCUGAAGAGAUUGUGGACGGAAAUGUGAAGAUGACUCUCGGAAUGAUCUGGACUAUCAUCCUCCGCUUUGCCAUUCAAGACAUUUCUGUGGAAGAAACAUCGGCCAAGGAAGGUCUUCUUCUGUGGUGCCAAAGAAAAACUGCCCCCUACAGGAAUGUUAAUGUUCAAAACUUCCAUGUCAGCUGGAAGGACGGCCUGGCCUUCUGCGCCCUGAUUCAUAGACACAGACCUGACCUCCUCGACUACUCUAAGCUCAACAAGGAUGAUCCUCUGGGGAACCUGAACCUGGCUUUUGACAUAGCCGAGAAACACCUGGACAUUCCCAAAAUGCUGGACGCAGAAGAUAUCAUUAACACCCCCAAGCCUGACGAGAGAGCCAUCAUGACCUACGUGUCCUGCUUCUAUCACGCUUUUGCUGGGGCCGAGCAGGCGGAGACGGCUGCCAAUAGGAUCUGUAAGGUGCUCGGUGUAAACCAAGAGAACGAGAAACUGAUGGAGGAGUAUGAACGACUGGCCAGCGAGCUGCUGGAGUGGAUCCGCCGCACCACUCCAUGGCUGGAAAACCGCACCCCGGAGAAGACCAUGUCGGAGAUGCAGCGGAAGCUGGAGGACUUCAGGGACUACAGACGCCAGCACAAGCCCCCCAAGGUGCAGGAGAAGUGCCAGCUGGAGAUUAACUUCAACACCCUGCAGACCAAGCUGCGCAUCAGUAAUCGCCCUGCUUUCAUGCCCUCUGAGGGGAAGAUGGUAUCUGAUAUAGCCAGUGCGUGGCAGGGCCUUGAGCAGGCAGAGAAAGGCUACGAGGAGUGGCUCCUCACGGAGAUCCGGAGGCUGGAGAGGCUGGAUCACCUGGCUGAGAAGUUCCGCCAAAAAGCCACCAAUCAUGAGAACUGGGCCAGUGGUAAAGAACUGCUCCUGUCUCAGAAGGACUAUGAAACAGCCACUCUGACAGAAAUCCGAGCACUGCUUCGGAAACACGAGGCCUUCGAGAGCGACUUGGCAGCCCACCAGGAUAGAGUGGAGCAGAUUGCUGCCAUCGCACAGGAACUGAAUGAGCUGGACUAUCACGACGUUGCCAGUGUGAACAAACGCUGCCAGAGCAUCUGCGACUUGUGGGAUAAGCUGGGAACUUUGACUCAGAAGAGGAGGGAGGCACUGGAGCGUACAGAUAAGUUGCUGGAAACCAUUGAUCAGCUGUUCCUGGAGUUUGCCAAGAGGUCAGCUCCUUUCAACAACUGGAUGGAGGGGGCCAUGGAGGAUCUACAGGACAUGUUUAUUGUGCAUACCAUAGAAGAAGUCCAGAGUCUGCUUGCAGCUCAUGAACAGUUCAAAGCCACCCUGCCAGAGGCCGACGCAGAGCGACAGGCCAUCAUGGGAAUCAACAACGAGGUGCUGAAAAUUUCCCAGAGCUACGGGAUCAAGGCCAGCAUUAUCAACCCUUACAGCACCAUCACAAUCGAGGAGCUCCUCAACAAGUGGGAAAAGGUGAAGCAGCUGGUUCCUCAGAGAGACGGCUCCCUGCAGGAGGAGAUGGCACGUCAGCACACCCACGAAAGACUGAGACGACAGUUUGCUGCCCAGGCUAAUCUUAUUGGACCAUGGAUUCAGACCAGAAUGGAGGAAAUUGGACGCUGCUCACUGGAAAUAGGUGGAACUUUGGAGGACCAGAUGACCCAGCUGAAGCAAUGUGAGCAUGUUAUUGUUGCUUACAAGCCCAACAUCGACAAAUUGGAAGGAGACCACCAGCUCAUCCAAGAGUCCCUUGUGUUUGAUAACAAACACACCAACUAUACUAUGGAGCACAUCCGUGUCGGGUGGGAACUGCUCCUCACGACCAUCGCCCGAACCAUCAAUGAGAUCGAGACCCAGAUCCUGACCCGAGACGCCAAGGGCAUCAGUCAGCAGCAGAUGAGCGAGUUCAGAUCUUCUUUCAACCACUUCGACAGGAAGAAGAACGGAGCAAUGGAAACAGAUGACUUCAGAGCCUGCCUCAUCUCAAUGGGCUAUGACUUGGGAGAGGUGGAGUUUGCCCGUAUAAUGUUGCUGGUGGACCCCAGUGCUACUGGGCGCGUUUCCUUCCAAUCCUUUGUUGACUUCAUGACCAGAGAGACGGCUGAUACAGACACUGCUGAGCAGGUUGUGGCGUCCUUCCGGAUCCUGGCAGCCGAUAAGCCAUACAUACUUGUUGAAGAGCUGAGGAGGGAGCUUCCCCCUGAACAAGCAGAGUAUUGCAUCAAGAGGAUGCCACCUUACGCAGGCCCCGGGGCUCCGCCCGGCGCACUCGACUACACCGCCUUCUCCACCGCCCUCUAUGGAGAGAGUGACCUUUAACCUGUUUGAAAACAGAGGUGUUAUCUGCUGACCCCACCGCCGUCACCACCACAACUCCCCGACCCGCCCUCAUCUCCAAAAUUUAAAUAAACGAAUCUAUAAAUGCAAGGGGAAUUGAUUUGACACAGUUUGUCUGCAGUCAUGCCGAGUAUUUCUGGUGCUCCUGGUGCUCCUCCCUGUCCCAUUUUGCCGAUGCCCAGAAGGCAAAUACCAUUUGUUAUGAUUACAUUUUAUGAAAACAAUGUUCUUUACAGUCAUGAAAUUGGCGGUAUUACAUUUGCGCACGAAGCAAACACUUGUGGUUAAAGUAAAAGUAUAAGAAACGUUUCCCAACCCAAAAUACAGAUCACAUGCAAUUAGAUCAUUUUCCUCAUAGCUCAAGCUAUUUAAGGGAAUAGUCCUGCUUUGUCAUGCAUUGCUUUGCUUCCUGGUUGUGCCUUUGUUUGAGGAAAAAGAUGGGCUGAAAUUAGUCAGUUUGGAAACAAUUUGCUUCAGACCUACCUUUACCAGUAAACUGUGUGCUGACAAAAAAA